GGGGUUCUGCGUGGAGGGGCGGGGUUCUGCGUGGACGGGCGGGCCCGGGGCCCGUGGUGCGACCCCGGGCCGGGUCUGGGCGGCCGGCGGGCCGUGGCAGGAAGCCGGAAGCAGCCGCGGCCCCAGCUCGGGAGACAUGGCGGGCGUUAAAGCUCUUGUGGCAUUAUCCUUCAGUGGGGCUAUUGGGCUGACUUUUCUUAUGCUGGGAUGUGCCUUAGAAGAUUAUGGCGUUUACUGGCCCUUGUUUGUCCUGAUAUUUCACGCCAUCUCUCCCAUCCCCCAUUUCAUUGCCAAAAGAGCAACGUAUGACUCUGAUGCCACAAGUAGUGCCUGUCGGGAGCUGGCAUAUUUUUUCACUACUGGAAUUGUUGUUUCUGCCUUUGGAUUUCCUGUUAUUCUUGCCCGUGUGUCUGUGAUCAAAUGGGGAGCCUGUGGCCUUGUGCUGGCAGGCAAUGCAGUCAUUUUCCUGACAAUUCAAGGUUUUUUCCUUGUGUUUGGAAGAGGAGAUGAUUUUAGCUGGGAGCAGUGGUAGCACUUUAUUCUGAUAAAUUGCAUUUUAUUUCUUAGAAGUCAUGCUAUAUGUAUUUGUGUGCACAUGUGGCCUUUUACUAUGAAAUUUCCUAUGCUAUUUUUUUAUACCUUUGUAUCAUGUUCACUGUAAGAAGGACUACAGGAGAGAAAGCUCAGUUUUGUUUCCAGCUAAUAGACCUCUCCAUGUACUCAAGUUGAAUUCUUUUAUUUGUUUGGCUCUUCAUAUAGUCAUGGUGCUCUCAGAAGAUAUAUUAACCCAGUCUUGUACACAGCCGUUCACUUGUGUGAUGCAUUUACAUAUUUUGCCUGGGGAUGAGUGUGGGUAAGCAGACAGCACUGGAGCAAGUCUGUUCUACUCAGGACUUCCAAGAUAUACUUGUGGCCCAGAGAGAGCGGCUCCCUCUUUGUGUUGUAGACCCUUGCCUCUCGAAGUGUGGUCCAUAGAGCACCUGGCAUCUCUUAGGAGCCAGUUCAUACAGAAUCAGAGGUUCCCCCCCAGAUCCAGUGCAUUUUAGAUGAGCUCCCAGGUGAAUUACAUGCACCUUAAAGUUUGACAAGUGCUGUCAUAGGGGAAUAAGUAUCACCUCUAGUGUCCUUGUCUUCCCUUUGGCUGAACCUCUUAACCUCUCUGGGUAUUAGCUGCUCGUUUGUAAAAAUUGUUUCACCUGCCUUCAUGUUGAGGCCUACUUCAGAGUCUCUCUGGUAUUUGUGAAAUGUCCAAACCUGUAUUGUUCCUCACAUUUGCGGAAUUGUUCUCAGUAGGGAACAGUUAUGUCUUCACUGUCUGAAAGGCAAUAGCUCUUUUCACAGAGCUGGGGAAACAGAAUAACUGCAAAGUAACAGAGUAACUGGGCUGUACCAAAGGAGGCCAGGCUGGAACCAGUCCCUGCUUUAGCAGGGGGGCAAGAGCAGAUAGGUAAUACUUUCUAACUUCCCUUUGUAAUCACACACUUCUCCCCAGCUCCUUCUCUGUACUGCUUUCCACCUCCAUCCCCCAUCCAAGCCAACACACUCCCAGCAGUUCUGAUUUGCCUUUACUUCCUCACGGCUCUGACUUUUCCUUCCUACAGGAACAGGAGCCAAGUAGGCAAACAGAGGGUGCCCAAAGACGCUACUUACUGUCUUUCAUGCCUUGUAGAUCUUUUUAUAUAUAUGUAUAAAACCCCUCUGCCACUUUUAAGUGAAUCAUUGUGAGUAUGUGCCACGCUAGAUCCUGUAGUCAGUUUUUCUAGCUCAACUUUUGGUCCAAGAUCUAUAAAGAAAAAUAUGGGAACUAGAACCACUUGAUGAGAAUACAAUGAUUUUAAAGGAUUAUUAAUGUGUGAUAACUGACACGCAUUGAAAACACUAAAAUUUUGAAGUUUGGAAUCUGAGGAGUUAGCAUAUCUUUUCGUAUUCUGGAAUGAUCUGGGACUAGGAGAAGAUAAAAGUGAAACCUAAAAGGAUAAUGUGCAGUUAUAUUGUGGCCUUGUGCAUAAUUUUAUGUUUUCUUUUUUUUUUAAUAUAUGAAAUUUAUUGUCAAAUUGGUUUCCAUACAAAACCCAGUCCUCAUCCCAAAAGAUGCCCUCUUCAAUACCCAUCACCUGAUUUUAUGUUUUCAAAGUUCUUUGUACAUAUAGAAUUGCUGAUGUUAUUUCCAAUAUUUAUAAUUAGAAAAAUUAUAUAGACACUUUAUAAUUUUAGCCAGCGUUUUUAAUAACACUUGCACUUACUUUAUUGUAAUAAAUUUCUCUUUUAACACAAAAGAAAGUUUAAUUUCAAAAGUCUUUAUUCUGAUGUAGCCUUGCUUAAAAGAUAAAAAAAAAUAAAGUAAGAAUCUCCUGGUGUUCUGAAAUGGGUAGUUUGAGCAAUACAGGAAUAGCAAUACAUUUUAAGAUACCAUUUUGAAUGUCUAGUUGGCUUGUAAUAGCAUUUCUUUUCCUAAAACGGAAAUAGUGUUUAAUUUAUACUCCCUCUAACAAAAGUAUCUUUGUUGCUUAUACAUAUUUCAUAUUUCAGAUAACCAAGGUAGCCUUAAUAUGUAGCCUUAAAUAAAGCAUUGCCUCUUGAUUGUACUUCCAGAAUGAUAUAAAGUACACAUAGAGAAUAUUUGUAGCCAUUCCCUAAUAAUGGAAUGGUUUAUUGAAGUGAUAGAUUGUUGGAUUUGCUCUGUGUCUGAAAACAAACAUUUAUUUUUAGUGCUUAAGUGUCAUUAUAAAUGCCAGUGGGAAGUAUUGCUAUGAAUGUACAAUACAGAAGUUUCCUUUUGAUGACA